AAUUUUUAUUACACAAACCUUUUUGUUUCUUUUUAUAUUAUAAAAUAACUAAAUGAACGAAACUGCCAGUAUCAAUUACAAUAUGUUCACUUCGACAUUAUUGAUAUCACAAAACUUCGAAGACGUUACAUUUUCAAGAGAAUAGGCCAACAGCAAAUAUGAAACGACGUUCAAAAGUACAAAAACUAGCACGUGCUAAAUGUAUUAUAAAUAAAGCUAAUUCUAUGAAAGAUCCAUUUCAAAUGAUUGAAAUGUAUCAUACGUAUGUAGGAAAAAAUGAAUAUAUUGUAAAUUUAACUUGUGUUAAGGCUAAAGAGGCAUCAUCUGAAUGUCGGCUUUGGAUAUUCGACAUUAUGGAAAGAAAUAUGAAAAAUUUGUAUGAACAGUCUAGUUGGGGAUGGGAUGCAAUUGCUAAACAGAAAGAAUUAACAGAACCAACAGCUUGGUAUUUGAUAGCAUCUUGUAGUAAUAAAUUUAUAGGAUUUUCUCAUUUUCGUUUUGACAUAGAUUAUAAAGUUGAAGUGCUAUAUUGUUAUGAGUUACAAUUAGAAGAAUCAGCAAGAGGCAAAGGCCUUGGUCGUUUUAUGAUGCAAGCUCUUGAAUCUAUGGCAUCAAAACAUAAAAUGCAAAAAGUAGUAUUAACAGUAUUAAAAAAUAAUCUACCAGCAUUACAGUUCUUCUACACGCUUGGUUUCAAACUGGACAACACUAGCCCGCUGGAGUCAGAGAAGAAAGAUUAUAUUAUUUUAAGUAAACAGGUUUUAAUUCCUGUCUCGUGAAAACAUUUUCUACAAUAAAUAUGCUUUCAACUUAA